CAGCCGUGGGCAGAGCCGGGGCCUCUGACGUCACUACGCUCACCCCGACAGACCGCAGAACAGCGACGACGCGGGAGAGAGCGGAGGCGACACGUCAGCCAAGGCGGCGGCAGGCAGCGGGAGAGACGCAGGGAGCCCGCUCCUGGCGGCGGGGACCGCGAGACCCCACAGGCUCCUCCAGUUUCUGUCCUCAGAGGCCCCAGAAGACUGAAUGAUGGCGGCAGCCAAGCUUUUGCCACCGUCAGCAGGACUUCAGGCCAAGGUGACCUUCGAUGAUGUGGCUGUGCUCCUCUCCCAGGAAGAGUGGGACCAGCUGGGCCCUGCUCAGAGGGGCCUCUACCGAAACGUGAUGAUGGAGACGUAUGGGAACGUGGUUUCACUGGGAAUUCCAGGAUCUAAGCCCAUCGUGAUCUCCCAGCUGGAACGAGGGGAAGACCCAUGGGUUCUGGAUGGCCAGGGGGCUGAGAAGAGCCAGCGCCCAGGGAGUAGUUACUCAGAUGACCUCAAAUGUGACUACACUGCACCCUGUGUGCAACAAGACAGUUUACUCGGGGGAUGUAAAACCAAAGAAGAGAACCAAAAUACAGAGUUGGAUGUGAUGGUGGGGAAAACACCCCCAGGAAGGAUUGAUCAAGGACCUAAUAAAACAGAGCAAAGCUUUGGCCACCGUGAGGCUGAGGUGUUGAAGCAGAGCAUGGCACUCACUCCAGCAGUUCCUAAUGGAGAGAGACCCUACAUAUGCAUCGAGUGUGGGAAGUGCUUCGGUCGGAGCUCGCAUCUCCUUCAACAUCAGCGAAUCCACACUGGAGAGAAACCCUAUGUGUGUGGGGUGUGUGGGAAGGCCUUUAGCCAAAGUUCAGUCCUCAGUAAACACAGGAGGAUUCACACGGGCGAGAAGCCCUAUGAGUGUAAUGAGUGUGGAAAAGCCUUCAGGGUGAGCUCAGAUCUUGCUCAGCAUCACAAGAUACACACGGGAGAGAAGCCUCAUGAAUGUCUUGAGUGCCGGAAGGCCUUCACUCAGCUCUCGCACCUCAUUCAGCACCAACGGAUCCACACGGGAGAGCGGCCUUAUGUGUGUCCGUUGUGUGGGAAAGCCUUCAACCACAGCACCGUGCUGCGCAGCCACCAGCGAGUGCACACUGGGGAGAAGCCCCACAGGUGCGGUGAGUGUGGGAAAACCUUCAGCGUGAAGAGAACGCUGCUGCAGCACCAGAGGACCCACACCGGGGAGAAGCCCUACACCUGCAGUGAGUGUGGGAAGGCCUUUAGUGACCGCUCAGUCCUCAUCCAGCACCACAACGUGCACACGGGGGAGAAGCCCUAUGAGUGCAGUGAGUGCGGGAAGGCCUUCAGCCACCGUUCCACCCUGAUGAACCACGAGCGGAUCCACACGGAGGAGAAGCCUUACGCGUGCUAUGAGUGUGGGAAGGCCUUUGUUCAGCACUCACACCUGAUCCAGCACCAGCGGGUGCACACUGGGGAAAAGCCCUAUGUGUGUGGUGAGUGUGGCCAUGCCUUCAGUGCACGCCGGUCUCUAAUCCAGCAUGAGAGGAUCCACACAGGCGAGAAGCCCUUCCAGUGCACAGAGUGUGGCAAAGCCUUCAGCCUGAAAGCGACUCUGAUUGUGCACCUGAGGACUCACACGGGCGAGAAGCCCUACGAGUGCAACAGCUGUGGGAAGGCCUUCAGCCAGUACUCGGUGCUCAUCCAGCACCAGAGGAUCCACACGGGCGAGAAGCCCUACGAGUGCGGGGAGUGCGGCCGUGCCUUCAACCAGCAUGGGCACCUGAUCCAGCACCAGAAAGUGCACAGGAAGCUGUGACCUGCAGCUGCCAGGGCAGCGCGUGAUCAGAGCUGCACAGGACUGUGGGCAUCCUUCAUCCCAGAAGAGCCGUGUGGUGACCCCACAGGCAGUGCCUGAUGAUCCCGUGUCACAGAGGGCACCAGACACCGUCUCCCUGCCUGUAUGAUUACAGUUGUAGUGAAUUGUGGUAAAGAUAGCCAUAGCAACAUUUUUGAAGUGCGUAGGGCGCAUUAAGGCAUAAGAACUAUUGUCCCAGUAAGACUCAUUUACAUUUCAGAUAAAGCUUUUUCUUCCCCCUAAGGAUACUACAUGUCUCUCCUGAGUCCAAUUAUCACACCUAGAAUGUUGACAGGAAAAGUUAGAAUGUGAUAGGAAACAGUGCCAUCAACAGUGUCAUGCGGAAUGGUUGGAAACCCCAAGUGUGAGGAAGCCUGUUUAUCUAGGGCCUUAACUUUCUGCAAGGUCAGAGAGGAUGCACUGGCUCGUUAGUAAAAUUUCAACUUGAAAAUGGGUUUUCAGCUCAGAACCUACCCUGGUGACCCACAGGUCUAUCCAGGAGACCAUGGUGUCUCUCGCCUGUCAGUCCAAUCUGACUGUAGGAGGGGGCUCCACACCUACAGCAGGCCUUACCACUCCCACAACACGGGGUGCCUCUAUACCCUACGGUGUUUUUAAAAAUUAAUAAAAAGUUCUUUCAUGCAUAUUUUCAAAUUCAGGUAAUUCUUUUGGUCUUUGCUAAUAUUUAGAUUCCUAUAUUUGAUGGGAUCUUUAAAGUUAUUUUUUUACCCCAGUUCAAUAGAAUCUAGGAUCCAUUGGGAUAUGCUGUGAUGAAUCUGGUUCACUCAAUUAAAAUUUUGUAUUUAACUUCAAAAUUAUUUGCUCAGUUUUAAGCACAGAGGUCUUGUAACUCGGGUUAUGUCUGAGCCAUUUCUGGUAGCAGCCAGCUGCAAAACAAAACAAAACAAAAAACGGAAAGCCACUUCAGAUCCUCAUCACUGUGUGGAGCACCUAGUGGCAGAGGGUCCUUAGCGCUUAGCUUCUCGGGAGAAAAUAGGUGGUGGGCACUGACUGAAGUGCACAGCGGCCACCACAAUGGAAGCAAAAGCUUGUUUCCUGUGCAGAUGGAGGAGGUGGUAACUUCAGAAGACCCGAGACCCCUGCCGUGCAAUGUGAUUUCAGAGGAGCUCCGAGAGCUGGGGCAACUGGCUUUGCUUCAGGUAGGAGGUGACUUGACUACCAGCCACUUCAGAAAGAAAAUGAAGGAACAGUCCUGCAGUGUUCUCCCACAGGGAGAUCACUGGGUGUUACUUCCGAAAGGAACUGCCAUCGGCAGCUGGGCGCAGAGGGCCUCGGGUCACCCAGGGAUCAUAUCUCUCUGGUGGUCCUUCAGAGGAGCCGAGAUGUGAAACCCCAGAGGAUCGGCAGGCCUGCAGUGGUGCUCCAUGAGGGAGGCCAGUGAGGUGCUACUCAGGAGCUGAGAUUGCUGAACUCCUUUACAGAGAAGCUGAGGUGACUGGGGCUUUGCGGAGGGCCCAUCACAGGAGCGGUACUCCACAGAGCGGCGUUAGACAGGAGCUGACUGGUGUUGGAUCGCUGGACCACACAGACAGGUAGGGCUUGCUAAGGUGAUUCUUCAGGGAGGACGUCACAAGCGCUACAAGUAAAGCUUUGGGAAGAGAGCGCUUACUUAGGAGCUGUGACCACUGAGAGGAGAUAAGGCCACUGUGCUGUUAACUUACGAAUUCCUCAAGAAGGAAGCUACUGACCCUCACUGGCACCUGACUGGCUGCUGCUCAGACCCCACCACCACUCAGCCAUACUUUUUUUUUCUUCUUCUUUUUUCAGAUCUCAUUUAUUUGAAAAGCAGAGAAUCUCCCACUUGCCAGUUCACUGCCCAAAUGGCCACAAAAGCUGAGGCUGGCCAGGCUGAAGCCAGGAGCCAGGACUCCAUCUGGGUCUCCCAUAUGGGUGUCGGGCUCAAGCACUGGGCAUCACCAGGUGCUUUCCCAGAGCUGGCUAGAUCAGACACCAGCACUCCAAGUCAGGCUGCCAGUGUUGCAAGCAGUGGCUUAACCUGCUGUGCCACAGUGCUCACCCACCAGUUUCUAAUCACGUGGAAGAGUUAGACAAAGUCAUGUUCCAAUUAGAGGGGCAUAAGAGUUCAAUUAAAUUCAAC